AUGCCGCCGCGCCGCGCUGUGCGUGACGUGCGGGUGGGCUCCGAGGUGGGCUCCGAGGUGGGCUCCGAGGUGCGCUCCGAGGUGGGCUCCGAGGUGGGCUCCGAGGUGGGCUCCGAGGUGGGCUCCGAGGUGGGCUCCGAGGUGGGCUCCGAGGUGGGCUCCGAGGUGCGCUCCGAGGUGGGCUCCGAGGUGGGCUCCGAGGUGCGCUCCGAGGUGGGCUCCGAGGUGCGCUCCGAGGUGGGCUCCGAGGUGCGCUCCGAGGUGGGCUCCGAGGUGGGCUCCGAGGUGCGCUCCGAGGUGGGCUCCGAGGUGGGCUCCGAGGUGCGCUCCGAGGUGGGCUCCGAGGUGGGCUCCGAGGUGGGCUCCGAGGUGGGCUCCGAGGUGGGCUCCGAGGUGCGCUCCGAGGUGGGCUCCGAGGUGGGCUCCGAGGUGCGCUCCGAGGUGGGCUCCGAGGUGCGCUCCGAGGUGGGCUCCGAGGUGGGCUCCGAGGUGGGCUCCGAGGUGCGCUCCGAGGUGGGCUCCGAGGUGGGCUCCGAGGUGCGCUCCGAGGUGGGCUCCGAGGUGGGCUCCGAGGUGGGCUCCGAGGUGGGCUCCGCCGGUCUCAGCGCAUCACGCUGA